AUGGAAAAAGACCACGCCUUCAGCGACGCCGUGAUUCGCGCCGAGUUGACCAAAUACCUCACGCCUCGCGACAUGACCAACCUGUGCCUUACCUCCAAACAAUCCUUCGACUGGUUCGUCCCCCACCUCUGGCACACUCGCGCAUUCUACACCAACUUCAAGCUCAUCCCCGGACUCAAACGCUACCAGCAGUAUGUCAAAGUCAUCAAGGACCUCGCCAUUAACCUCGCUGUUGAGUCAAGAGACCUUUGGGCCUUCCCGAAUCUGCAGUCCGUACAGUUUGUCCAGCAGAGUACCGGGCAAUUUACAGUCAACACUGGAUUCAACACUGGAUUCAACACUGGAUUCAGGACUGGCCUCUUCGGGUCAUACAAUCCUCCGACCGCAACCUACCAUCAGCCUGCCUUUGGAUCUUCUGUAGGCGGCGUGAAUGCUGCUCGCGUUGAUCUCCGUCUCGUCCUUCUAUUACAAUCCGUGCCGCUCUUACAAGAUCUGACCAUCACCCUCGCCCUCGACAACUCGGACGUCUUUCAGCAUUUCCUCUCCUCCCUCCAAUCGCUUACCCAACUCAGGACCUUAAAAAUGACGUGCAACGAAUAUGUCAACCCUACGCACAUCCAAAGAGUCAUCCACGCUUGUCGACAGUGUGAAGAACUGGAUCUCAGUUUCUCGGGCGUUGAUUCGUUCAAGGGAGUCGAGGAGAAGGAGGAGUACGAGCAGGCCAAGAUCGAUAUGGAAGGAAUGGAGGAUCUGACCGUCAAGAUCCUGAAACUUGCCACGACAUUCGAGGAUCAGGAAUCCGCGAUCAUGGUCCCGUUGCUCAAGAAGUGCCCUUUGUUGCAGGAAUUGCACAUGUUUACGAUCAAGGCCCCUCAAACGGUGGAUCUCUUGAAAGAGGCGUUCAUUAAUGGUGCCUGCCCACAACUUUCAGUUUUCCAUCCGGGACGAGAUACCACACUCAAAGACGAUCCUUUGCCGGUUCUCCUGAGCGUCAUGGGCCCCGAUCGCGGUGUGGACGCCGUUGGACUCAAGAAAAUCGAGAUCACCUCCGCCCAGUUCAAGUCCGAAUCCGCCUUGGCCAUGACCGAACAUCUCUCAGGGUCCUUGACUGAGAUCCAUUUCCAGGAUCACGCCAUGAACUUUGAAGUCUUCAACGAACUUGUUACCGGUCUACCAUCAUUGCAAUCUAUCCGUGCAAGGAUUAACGAGAUCUCGGUCCAGACGGUCGAUAUCAACAAGUUUGACCAGAUGUGCAGUCGCGACUGGGUGUGCCUCGGCUUGAAGAAGUUGCAACUCGGCUCUCAACUGACUCAGGGCAUUCCAACCGUCAAGGGUGACAGCUGGAAGCAGUCUCUUCCAAAGCGGUGUAUGGACUACAUGUUCUCCCAGUUUGGCAAACUCGAACAAUUGGAGGAAUGGGAUUUCGUCGCAGGACCUGUCGACCUGUUCGUCCUCCCCGCUGGUGGUUACUUGCGUCAACUGUCGGAUUUGAAGUCUUUGAAGAGGUUGGGAUUGGGACCCAGGACGGUGUAUAGAAUGGGAGCCAAGGAAGCCGACUGGGUGGCGGAGAACUGGACGAGUUUGGAGAAUGUCGACUUGGCAUGUGAUAGAAUCCAGGUUCAUAUUGUGGAUAUCUCGAGAGUCAAACCGGACAAGUUGGCGUUGGAUACGUUUAUUCAUACAUUGAGAUCUAAACGACCAAAGAUUAGUUUCAACAAGCAAUAG